AUGUCGAAUCCAUUUGGGGAUUACAACAACCAGCCAGUCAAGUCUUAUUCAAAUGGCGGCGGUUCCAUUGAGGAUGAUGUGGAUUACUACGAGAAAGAGAUCGAGCGAUGUAUGCAGGAAUCGCUAGACAGCACUGAGCGCAGCAAGCGGAAUCUGGCCAAUAGUGAGCAGGUCGGCGCCAAAACGGCUCAGGAUCUCCUUGAGCAACGCGAAAAACUUGAGCGCACCGAGAAGAAUCUUGAUGAAAUUCAUCGUACUACUCAGCAAACGCAACGGAGCCUGAACAGCCUCAAAAGCUUGUUUGGCGGAUAUUUCAAGAACAAGUUUUCGAAGAAGCCCGCUGAGCAGCCAAAUGACGUUUCGGUCCCGCAAUCUAAGUCGGCCUCUCAUCUUUCCGACACCGUGUCAGGGAUGGGUUCCGGAAGUUGUUCUACAUCAGGAAGCUCCGGGCCCACCCUGAGCGACUCAUCGAUGAACGCGAUCAAGGGAUCAAGAUGGGAGGCGAUGGACCAACAAAUUAAUGACAACCUUCAUGGAAUGUCGUCGCAGUUGUCCAAUUUGAAAAACCUUGGCCAAGCUUUGGGCCGAGAAGUGGAGGAUCAAAACCAAAUGCUGGAUAGAAUCCAGACGAAGGCCGAUAGGAACGAUACUAUCGUGAGAAGCCAGGAUCAUCAGAUGAAGAAGCUACUGGGGUAUAAGGGUGUAGAUAAGCCCCAGGACACUUCUGCCUUUGGUUCUAAGAAA